AUCAAAACCUCUUUCCUCCACUCCAGCCAAACCCACGCACCCUACUCUGAUUUUUUCAGAACUCCCUACUGUCAGCUGCCACUACUACUGGUAGCUUUAGUAGUCGAAGGGUAUUACUAAUAAGACCAGUGUAUAGCGUGGACUUCCCUUCGCCGCGCAACAAGCUAACGCUAUCUUCACGUUGGAUGGGCGACAUGGAGAUACCGCGGGUCACGGCGGCACCACUCAUGAUUCUCGUUCUGCUGAUUGGCUCGUCCUCUGCUCACCUUGCAUCAGCAAUCAUCACGAGUGGUAAUAAUGCUUCCAGGGACGCUCAGAACGCGUCGAAGGCGCCCAUAGAGGACAAAGGAUUGUCUGAAUCGCUCCCGCCGCAUCCUUCCAAGCAUAACAGUGCUCCUUCGACGCAUCGUCCGAUGGUGAACCAUGACGCCCAUCGUGUCAUCCCCAGUCCGAAGACUCUUCAGAAAAUCGACGCUGCUCACGCGGCCAAGCCAGCGCAUCCCACUGAUUCGCCCCAUCCCGCUGGUCCGGCCACGCCGCCCCAUCCCGCUGGUCCUGGCGGCAAAGCAUCUGGGAAGGGUGCAGCUCGUGGCGAGGGCGCAAAUCACACAGUCGCAAAAAAGGGCGGAAGCGCUCAAGGGCGCAAGGGUGCAGAACGUAAGGGCGCAGCUGGAAAGGGCGCGCACGGGGUCAACUGGCGCGCAGAAAAUCAGCACCCCGGGAGCGGUGGCAAGCAGGGCGGCGGCCGUUACGGGAAUGGCGCUGCGAGGGGAUUUCACAAGGCAGCAUCGGCUGGGAACGUGGCGAGUCACAGCACGAGCACGAGCGGCAUUCUUACUGCUGCAAUGGCGCCACACAACGCGAGUGGCACGAACAGCACGACGGGCACGAACAGCACGAGCGGCACGAACAGCACGAACGGCACGAACAGCACGAGCGGCACGAACAGCACGAGCGGCACGAACAGCACGAGCGGCACGAACAGCACGAGCGGCACGAACAGCACGAGCGGCACGAACAACACGAGCGGCACGUUGACUACAAUGGCGGCAAACAGCACGAACGGCACCGCGCCGUUUACAGUGGCGCCAAACGGCACGAAUUGCACGACGAACGUAACGAGCGGAACGAGCGGCAUGAACGGCACGUCUGCUAUGGCGGCAAAUAACACGAACGCGAACGGCUCGUUUGCGUUGGAGUCGUCAAACAGCCAGCCCAACACGAGCAACCAGGGCGCGGAAUUCCACAAGGCAUCAGCGGCGGAUGUGGCGAUUCCGCACAGGAAUUCGGUCAAUCAUGGCGCCGAGGGGAUGGCGUCAUCCGCCGGCAAUCCCAAAGCGAGCCUGCAGCACGCGGGGAUUCACAAGGCAUCAGCGGUGGAUGUGGUCAUUCGGCACAGGAACUCGGCAACGCAUGGCGCUGCACCCGCAAUGGCGCCAUCCGGCAAUCCCAAGACGAGCCAGCACCGCGCGGGAAUUCACAAGGCAUCAGCUACGGACGUGACGAUUCAGCACAGGAAUCAGAAUCAUGGCGCCGCAGCAAUGGAGCCAUCCGACAGACCCAAGAAGAGCCAGCACCGCACGGGAAUUCACAAGUCAUCGGCCAAGGAUGUGGCGAUGACUCGGCUCAGAAACUCGGCGAAUCGCGGAGCUGCAGCCAUGGCGUCAUCCCAUCCCGGCAACACCAACGUAAACGGACGCGGCAAGGGUUUCCAUUCGUCAUCAGCGGCGGAUGUGGCGAUUCGGCACCCGCAAUCGGCGAAUCACGCCGGCGGCGCUGAGAUGGCGUCAAGCGACAAGCCCAAGUCGAACGAACGCCGCGGCUCAGGUUUUCACAAGGCAUCGGCCGAGGAUGUGAAGAUUACUCACAUGCCCGCGCCGCUGCUGAAAUCAGAUCAGAACGGCAGGAAGCAGAACGGCGUUGAAAACGGCAGGGCGGGCGCCAUGAGGGUGUCAGCUCGCGAGACUUCUAACUUCAACAACCAAGACUUCGAGUUUCACAAGGCAACGAGCAGCGACGUGGUCCUGCACAGGAGGAAUGGCGGCGCUGAUAGGAGCAGCAGGCACGGAGUGAACCGUGGAGUGAACCGUGGAGUGAACCGCGGGGCUCAACCAUCGCGACUUGUUUCCCUUGCAUCUGCACAGGCCGAUGCAGAUUGUGGUGGUGACUAUGGUGGUGGUAACGGUGGUGACUACAAUGAUGGCGGCAGUGGUGCUGACUAUAGCGAUAAUGGCAGCGGUGGUGACUACAGCGGGGGUGACUACAAUGGUGAUAAUGGCAGUGGUGGUGACUAUAGCAAUAAUGGCAGCGGUGGCAGUGACAGCGGCAGCGGCAGCGGCGGCAUUGACAUUGCAUCGAUUCUCGACAUGCACAACGCCGCCCGGCGGGAGGUAGGCGUCCCCGACCUGGCAUGGGACGACGGCGUGGCGGCAGCGGCGCAAGACUGGGCCAACGACCUCGCCUCCAGGGGGUGCCCCUUGGAGCACGGCGGAACAGAUGGGCUCGGGCAGAACCUCUACUGGCGCGCACCGGCAGGGUUAACCCCAGAGGAGGACCGCAUGGCGGUGCAGUCGUGGGUGGAUGAGAAGGCUGACUGGACGUACAGCCCGGUACCCGAGGGGUGUGCGGAGGGGAGGAUGUGUGGGCAUUACACGCAGGUGGUGUGGGCGGGGACGACGCAUGUGGGGUGCGCGUCGGCACAGUGCCCAGAUGGUGGCGGCAUGUGGGUGUGUGAUUACUCGCCCCAGGGGAACAUCAUUGGGUCUACUCCUUUCUAGGUUGCUUGAGAGUGUUGGGCUGAGAGGAAGAAGGGAGGAUCGUUCACCCCCACAGGGGACAUCAUUGGGGCUAUUCCUUGCUACGUGUGUCAGUUUAAGACAUCACAGAGUGACAGUUUGGUACGCGUGUCUAGGGGUAAUAGGAGCCUAUUGUGAGCAAGUGCAGUGAGACCUGUUGUGAAUGCAGUUCAGUGGGUAAGAGAUGUUUCAUCUUUUUAGUUUUGUGUAUAUGGAAUUGCUUUUAGUGGUUCUUUUUUGGGUG